AGACACCGGAUGUGGCUUUCAGUUGUCGCGUGAUCAGCUGACCGAACAGCUCAAUUUUGUCGUGGGACAGCAGCUAAAAACAAGACGAAAAGCAGGAUAAGCUGUAUUUCUGAUUCUCAAAGAGGAAACCUUUAUUGACAAAUUUGCUGCUAGAAGGAAAUGAUUCGUUAGGACAUUAUUUUUCUGGCACAUCACCACAAUGUCGGGGAACAGCCUGGUUCUACCAAUAGUGCUCUGGGGCCGCAUGGCUCCCACUCACUGCAUCAGCAGCCUGCUGGUGAUGGACGACUUCAACACUAUCAUCACUGGCUGCCAUGAUGGACAGAUCUGUCUCUGGGACAUGACCCCUGAGCUGGAGAUUUGCCCCAGAGCCAUAUUGUUUGGACAUACAGCCUCCAUCACCUGUCUUUCAAAAGCCAGUGCAUGCAGUGACAAACAGUACAUUGUCAGUGCAUCAGAGAGUGGGGAGAUGUGUUUGUGGGACGUGAACGAUGGGCGUUGUAUUGAGUUCACCAAGCUGGCCUGUGCUCACACUGGUAUACAGUUCUAUCAAUUCACCAUCGGUACUCAGAGAGAGGGACGUCUACUUUGUACUGGCCAUUACCCGGAAAUACUUGUGGUGGAUGCCACCAGCUUGGAGAUCCUGUACUCGCUGGUGUCUAAGAUCUCUCCUGACUGGAUCAGCUCCAUGAGCAUCAUCCGAUCCCACCGAACACAAGAGGACACAGUGGUAGCAGUGUCAGUGACUGGGAUUUUGAAGGUCUGGAUCAUCACAGCUGAAGUCAGCAGGAUGCAGGAUCUGGACCCAGUCUUUGAAGAAGAGUCCAAACCCAUCUACUGUCAAGGCUGUCAGAGUAUUUCCUUCUGUACCUUCACCCAGAGCAGCCUGCUGGUUGUCUGCUCCAAGUACUGGAGGGUGUUUGAUGCAGGUGACUACUCGUUGCUCUGCUCGGUGCCCAGUGACAGCGACCAGGUGUGGACUGGAGGAGAGUUCAUUGCUGCAGACAAAGUCAUCAUUUGGACCGAAGACGGCCGCAGUUACAUCUACCAGCUCCCCGCCAGCUGUCUGCCUGCUAGUGAACAUUUCCGCAGUGAUGUUGGGAAAACCAAAGAAGGCUCAAUCCCUCCCCUGGUCUACAGCAUCGCUGACCGCUCAGACAAACAACUCCUGAUCUGUCCUCCUGUGACUCGGUUCUUUUUUGGCCGGCGGGAGCCCUUCUAUAAGCUGCUGAUUCAAGGAGACUCAGCAGGUAGACUAUCCCUGUGGAGCAUCCCAGAUACUGCGCCUCUGCAACCACUGUCGACUGCUGCCGAGCUGCAGGUGUCAUCCACCAUCAGUCUCCAGGAGGCGUUUGAUAAGUUGACGCCUGUGUCUGCAGGGAUCAUUGACCAACUCAGUGUCCUGCCUGGGAAAGAUGAACCCAUCAAGGUGACAGCCAGUGUGUACAUCCCCUCUCAGGGUCGACUGGUGUGCGGAAGAGAAGAUGGCAGCAUUAUACUGGUACCUGCCACUCAGACCGCUAUUGUCCAGCUGCUGCAGGGGGAGCACAUGCUGCGCAGAGGCUGGCCUCCCCAUCGUACCCUGCGAGGUCACCGGAACAAGGUGACGUGCAUCAUGUAUCCAUACCAGAUCUCUCCCCGCUAUGACCAGCGCUCACUGGUGUCCGGAGGAGUGGACUUCUCUGUCAUUGUCUGGGACAUUUUUACUGGAGAGAUGAAACACAUCUUCUGUGUCCAUGGAGGAGAGCUCACUCAGCUCAUUGUUCCACCUGAAAACUGCAGCACUCGAGUGCAGCACUGCAUCUGCUCAGUGGCCAGCGACCACUCUGUUGGCCUGCUCAGUCUCAGGGAGAGGAAGUGCAUCAUGCUGGCGUCGCGACACCUCUUCCCCAUCCAGGUCAUCAAGUGGCGUCCUGCAGAUGACUACCUGGUGGUGGGAUGCUCUGAUGGCUCUGUCUACGUCUGGCAGAUGGAUACAGGAGCCUUGGACCGUUGUGUGAUGGGUAUAACAGCAGUGGACAUCCUGAACGCCUGUGACGAGCUAGCUCCGGCCACCGUGGACGCUCUGAGCCACUCGGCUGUGAACCUGAAGCAGGCCAUGACUCGCCGCAGUCUGGCAGCACUGAAGAACAUGGCCCAGCACAAACUGCAGACGCUUGCCACCAACCUGCUUGCUGCAGACAACGCCGACAAGGGCAAUCUACCGAAAUACUCCCAUAAUGCCCUUGUGGUCCAGGCGAUGAAGACAAACAUGACGGACCCUGACAUGCACGUGUUGUUCUUUGACGUGGAGGCAGUGAUCAUCCAGCUGCUGACAGAGGAAGCUCAGAGACCGAACCCCACACUGGUGUCUCCAGAGACGCUGCAGAAGAGCCAGGCAGGAGCCGACAAAGGGGGGUCCUUCCUGGCAAAUAAGAUCUUCAAACAGGUGAAGGAGACGAUGAAGGAGACCAUCAAGGAGCACCUGCUGGAUGAAGAUGAGGAAGAUGAGGAGGAGAUGAGGAGGCGUGAGGAAAAGUCCAAGUCUUUGAGUCUGCUGGAGUACAAUCUGACGAUGGACACGGCCAAACUCUUCAUGUCCUGCCUGCAUGCCUGGGGCCUCAACCAACAGCUGGAUGGCAUCUGUCUGGAGCGACUGGGCAUGCUCAGACCACAUUGCCCCAUCUCGUUUGGCUUGAUUUCCAGAGGAGGUCACAUGUCCCUCAUGUUGCCCACCUUCAAGGAGUCCUUGCUGCGUCAGUUGUCCCAGGCGACGGGUCGGAGGCUGACUCUGUCGGACAUUGUAGGGAAGGGGACGUACGGCGUGUCUAGGGCUGUCACCACUCAGCACCUUCUGUCUGUCAUCUCGCUGGCCAACACUUUAAUGGGCAUGACCAAUGCCACCUUUGUUGGAGAGCACAUGAAGAAAGCACCGACCAGGCCUCCCAGACCAGGAGGAACCCCAGAGACUCCUCGCAGGACGUUGGCCGCCCCCCCCCAGCCCUCCAACCCGGCGCUACAGGCCCAGAUCAAACAAGGUUGGAGUCAACUGGCAGCCAUGCACUGUGUGAUGCUCCCUGACCUCCUUGGCCUGGACAAGUUCAGACCUCCUCUGCUGGAAAUGUUGGCAAGGAGAUGGCAGGACCGCUGUCUGGAGGUGCGAGAAGCAGCGCAAGCUCUUCUUUUGGCAGAGUUAAGAAGGAUCGGCCAAUCAGGACGCAAGGACACCAUCGACAUGUGGGCUCCCUACCUGCCUCAGUAUGUGGACACAGUCAGCUCCCCUGGUGCGACCACAGAGCCCUCCCCUCCAGCCCCGCCCCCUUCUGAGGCUCAGCCAGUAGAAACCAAGGCUCCAGAGGAGGAAAUGGAUGUCACUGAUGACGACAUCACAGCAGGCUGUUUGUCCAACCUUCCUCCAAACGCCAAGAAGAUCUCAAAUUCCUAUGAAGAACGCCGUAAGCAGGCUACUGCCAUUGUGCUGCUGGGGGUCAUUGGGGCCGAGUUUGGCGCUGAGAUUGAGCCACCGAAGGGAUUGGCAAGGGCUCGAGCUGGUGGUCAGGCGCCUGAGGGCUUCGGACUGACAAGUGGAGCAUCAUCCAACUACUCGCUGGCCAGACACACUUGUAAGGCACUGACCUUCCUGCUGCUGCAACCCCCCAGCCCCAAGCUGCCCCCUCACAGCACCAUCCGCCGCACUGCCAUUGAUCUGAUUGGUCGAGGCUUCACCGUCUGGGAGCCAUAUAUGGAUGUGUCAGCAGUGCUCAUGGGACUGCUGGAGCUCUGCGCUGAUGCCGAGAAGCAGCUGGCCAAUAUUACAAUGGGUUUGCCCCUCAACCCGCCAGCAGAUUCAGCUCGCUCAGCCCGCCACGCCCUCUCUCUUAUCGCUACCGCCCGGCCACCCGCCUUCAUCACCACCAUUGCAAGAGAGGUUCAUCGGUACAAUGCAGCCCAGGCCAACUCUCAGUCACAGCAGAACAUUCACACCACCACUCUGGCCAGAGCCAAGACUGAGAUACUGCGAGUGAUCGACAUCUUGAUAGAGAAGAUGCCCGGUGACGUCGUCGAUCUGCUGGUCGAGGUGAUGGAUAUUAUCAUGUACUGUAUUGAAGGUUCUCUGGUAAAGAAGAAAGGACUGCAGGGGUGUUUCCCUGCAAUCUGCAAGUUCUACAUGGUUGCAUACUGUGACCGCAGUUACCGCAUUGCUGUCGGAGCUCGCCAGGGUUCAGUGGCCCUCUAUGAUGUUCGUACUGGAAAAUGCCAGAACAUCCACGGCCACAAGGGUCCGAUCACAGCGGUGUCGUUCGCCCCCGAUGGCCGUUACCUGGCAACCUACUCCAACGCUGACAGCCACAUCUCUUUCUGGCAGAUGAACACCAGUCUGCUGGGGAGCAUCGGGAUGCUGAACUCAGCCCCUCAGCUCCGCUGCAUUAAGACCUACCAGGUUCCUCCAGUGCAGCCAGCAUCCCCUGGCUCCCAGAAUCACUUGAAACUCGCCCGCCUCAUCUGGACCACCAACCGCAACGUCAUCCUGAUGGCCCAUGACGGCAAGGAGCACCGCUUCAUUGUCUAAACCAGCGCUGUGUCUCCAGCUGAGCUGCUGUUCUUCUGUUUGUUCCACCUGGACCUGGCCAGAAAAGUAAAAGCCCAGCUCAGGUCCAGGUUCAGACUGGAUGAAUUAUUUUACAUUAUCUCCUACUGUAUAGUGAUAAUUGUGAUUAAAUUCACUCUGCAAUGUGUAAGCUGUGGUAGAAGGCUUUGUUUACACUAUUAUUUGCAUUGAUGUAUUUACACCUUCUUGUCAUUCCUAUUUUUCUGCCGUUUUUGCCAGAUGUGACAGGUCUCCUGUGUUGCCAUCUUACCUCACUUGUCCUUACUUUUAUUUUUAUGUCACUUUGGAAGCUUUUCCAUCCUCUCUGAGGUUCAUGCAGAAAUGUGUUUUUGUGUGUUUAUACCCGAGUGUAUUCUCACUGUUAAACACACAUUAUCACUUCAAACUGCAGUAAGCCUUUAGAUCCCGGAGGUGCAGCAGUAAAAACUCACCAGAGGACACAAACUGCCAAGUGGUUCUUCUCAGUCAGCUUGCUGUCUUCAGCCUACAUCUUAUAUCCAAUAAGACAGCUCUUUGUGUUCGCAGUUUGAUCCGGUGUCCCAAAUAAACCACUUGUUCUCUUCUUCUUCUUUUUUCUCCUUCUUCUGACGCUGCUGGGUCAUUUCACUCACUUCUUUGUGGCUUCUCUGGAGUUUCUGUUUCUCUGGAGAUGUUAAACCUUUCUGAAGGUUUGUAUAUUUGAUGGUAAAC